GCGUCUCCGCUGCCUUCUCCCCGCACAGGGCGAAGCAGAGAGCGUGUGUGCGAGAAAGCAGCGCCGCUUCCCAGCAGAACCUCACGUGGUUCGAGUUCCUGUCUAAUGAAAAUGAGGACAGCGGGAAGGCGGAUAAAGCAGAGAGAGGCACGAAGGUGAUGCGGCGCCUGAGUUCCCUGCGGAGCCGAGUCACGGGGUCCUGGCAGAAGGAUAAGGGUAAGAACAAAGAGCAGCCCAAAGAGAAGGAGAAAGAACCAAAGGAGCCAAAAGAGAGGUGGAAAGAGAUCAAUGGGCACCAGCUUGUGCCAGGGGUGUUCUCCAGCUGCACCAGCUGCUCGCUGUGUGCCAAACCUCUUGGGAAUAAAAGUGCUCUGCAGUGCCUGAAUUGUGCAGUGAAUGUCCAUAAGAACUGCAAGAAUUUACUGGCUGAAUGCAGCAGCAUCAGACCCAGGAAAGAUUUCCAGCACAGACCUUCUGGAUCUCCCCAAAGUUCGUCCCAGUGCAUUUCCCCAGCCGCUUCGCUGAAGGAGCAGCCCCGAGGGCUUCUCCUGGGCCCGGAUGGCACCCCGGUACUGUCGCGGAAUCUCGGGAUGACUAUCGCCCAGAGGGGAAAUUCUCAGUCUUCACUGAAUACUGCGGGAGCUGUUAGUAAAUUUGGACUAAUUUCAGGAGACAUGGAUGAAGGGGAUUCUGGAUUUAUAAGAUUCAAGCAGACAUCAGAUGAUGUUGUCUCGCUUGCACCUUCAACAUCAGACUCCAUUUUUCUGGAAGAUGCAUAUUCUGUGUAUCUCCGAAGUGAAAUAGAAACCGAUGCUCUUGAGUUCGAGGCAGAGUCCUGGAGUAUUGCAGUGGAACAGCCUUAUGCAAAAAGGCAAAAGAAAGAAGUUAUAAAAAGGCAGGAUGUCAUUUAUGAACUAAUGCAGACUGAAAUGCACCAUGUCAGAACACUGAAAAUUAUGCUGAAGGUGUACUCCAAAGCCAUGAGAGAGGAGCUGCAGUUCCCAAACGCAGUCAUCAACAAACUCUUCCCAUGUGUGGAUGAGUUGCUGGAGCUGCACGGGGACUUGGAAGAAGGCAGUGACCGGAAUUAUAUUAUCCAGAACAUAGGGGACAUCUUGGUAAAACAGUUCUCAGGUGAAAAUGGGGAGAGAAUGAAAGAAAAAUACGGUGUGUUCUGCUGUGGUCACAAUGAAGCUGUUGGUCACUAUAAAGACCUUUUCCAAAGCAAUAAGAAGUUCCAAAACUUAAUAAAGAAAAUAGGGAACUGCUCCAUUGUGAGGAGACUUGGUGUUCAGGAGUGUAUCCUCCUGGUUACACAGCGCAUCACCAAGUACCCCGUGCUGGUGGAACGGAUUAUUCAGAAUACCGAAGCUGGAACUAAAGAUUAUGAAGAGCUGACACAGGCUCUCAGUUUAAUUAAGGACACAAUCACUCAUGUGGAUGCCAUGGUAAAUGAGUGUGAGAAGGGGCAACGCCUUAAAGAGAUUAUGCAUAAAAUGGAGCUCAAAUCAUCCGGGAAGUUUAAGAACGGGCUCUUCUUCCGCAAGGACGAUAUGGGGCAGAGGCGGCUUCUGCUGGAUGGGAUGCUCUACUGGAAAGCUGCGUCAGGGCGGCUCAAAGAUAUUCUGGCAGUCCUGUUAACUGAUGUGCUUUUGCUAUUACAAGAAAAGGACCAAAAAUAUGUAUUUGCAUCAGUGGACUCUAAACCACCAGUUAUCUCAUUGCAAAAGUUGAUUGUAAGAGAGGUAGCUAAUGAGGAAAAAGCAAUGUUCUUAAUUAGUGCUUCCUUAAAAGGACCAGAAAUGUAUGAAAUUCAUACAAGCUCAAAAGAAGAGAGGAAUUCCUGGAUGGCUCACAUUCGCAGAGCUGUAGAAAGCUGUCCUGAUGAAGAAGAAGGAACAUUUAAUGAACCUGAAGCAGAAAAGAAACUGGCUGAAGCAAGAGCUGCUAAGCUAAAAGAUUUUCAAGAGCGUUUGAACAUGAAAGACGAGCUGAUCGUGCAAACUCUGACCGAGAAGCAACAGAUUUAUCUGGAAAUGUCUGAAAUGAACAGAUUUGAAGACCAGUCCCAAGGUGUCCGAUCCAGACUGCUACUUCGGGGGGAUAUCUCAGAGAAUCUGCAAGGAGAGGCCAUCUUGAAGUCUGCAGUGACAGAAGCUGAAAAUCUCCAAAACCUCAUCUUAACUCAUUUGGGCAAUGGAUUCUGUCAGCCCGAGGAAAGCUUUGGCUCGGGACUCCCCAGGAGAGCAGAGACCUUUGGAGGAUAUGACAGCAGCCCCUCAAAUUCAAGUAAAAGUGGUGGUUUUAGGAAGAACAGCAGUGGUGACCAGAGGCAGUGGGACUGGAAAGGCCCUGCAGUAAAUUCAGAUACGCAGCUCCACGACCUCCCUUUUGAUGCAGAAGAAGGAUCUCAAACCGGUGAUGCAACAAGUCAGGGUGACAGCAGCGGUUUGCAGCCCACCAUAGAGUCUGAGCUGGUCCAAAGAAUACAAACGCUGUUGCAGUUGCUCUUCAGUCUACAGGCAGUGAUAUCCCAGCAGGACAGCUACAUCGAGGUGCAGCGAGCCACCAUGGUGGACCGGGAGAAGCAGUACCGGCUGCAGUCCACGCGGGGCAACCUGCUGCUGGAGCAGGAGAAGCAGCGGAACUUCGAAAAGCAGCGGGAAGAGCUGAUGAACGUGCAGAAGCUGCAGAGCCAGCUCAAGCUGGAGCAGCAGCGCUGGGAGCGGGAGAGGAGCCGGCAGCAGCGGGAAUUGGAAAGCACGGACGCCCGGCUGCAGGAGCGCGAGGAGGAGAUUCGGCAGCUGAAAGAGAGACUGAGUCAGGAAAAGGAAGAGCUGGAGAGGCAGCGAGAGGCCUAUCAGCACGACCUGGAGAGGCUGCGGGAAGCGCAGAGAGCAGUCGAGAAAGAGCGGGAGCGCCUGGAUCAGCUGAGGAAGCUGAAGAAACAGAACACGGUGUCAGGCACGUGCUCCCCGGAGCUGGGACAGAAUCAGAUGCUGGGCCAUUCCCUUAGCUUCAAUGGAGAAGGGCUAGAACCAUCUCUGCCGGUCUUGAAAACCUCUGGGAGAGUCAGCGUGUCCGGGAUGGAUUACCUGGAGCGGCCAGAGCUGGCUCGCAGGGACAGCACCACCAUGGAGACCCGGCCGGUUCUGGCGCUGAAGAACGAGGUGCCGAUCCAUCUCCUGAGCGCCACCAACCAGAUCCAGAAACCAGCUGCCGUGCAGCAGCAGAUCCCUACCAAGCUUGCGGCCUUCACAAAGGGAAGCAAGGAGAAAGGUGGGAAGAACAAAGCAUCUCACAGGACAGACAGUUCAGCAUCUAUUGACCAGAAGCAGCUGAUUCCCCCCAAGCUUGCUGGACGAGAGGAGGGUCUCCUGAGGGGCCGGCGAUCAGCAAGCCCCGUCCUCGCCAGCAGCCAGAGCCCUGCGUUCCAGCCAGAAUUGUACGGCCCAGCUGAUGCUCAGCCAGAAGCACUUUCGUCUGCCUCAGCAAACUUAUUCAAGCCCAGUAAUGCUCCUGUCCAGACCCUGGUGGCCUCCCAGCCAACACUGUUGAAUGUGCAAGAUGAUACCAGCAAAGAAGAUGUAAUUUUUUUCUAAUUGUCUCCAUGUAAAGAUUAGUCUUUUGACAUACUGUUUCAAGAACUCAGGCCCAAGUGUUCUACGUGACAGAGACCUGAUGUGCAUGUCUUUUCAUGCCUGCCCCAUUCAUACUAGCAAGAACCAGACCAGGAUUACUGUUGUACUUUGUUGGUUUCUCUGCCAGCAGCUCAGAAUGAGGACACAGUAGUAAUAAUUUGCUUUUAAUUUCU